AGACGUGUGGCUCAGUGAGAAGUGAGAAGGCCUCAAGUUGGCUAUGGCAACUUGGGCGGGGGUGGAGCGAGUGAAGAAGAUCUUCAAGGAUGCAGACACUGAUUGCAACGGCUCUCUGAGCAAAGAUGAGCUGAAGGCCGUCUUUCAGAAGGUGUCCGACUGGGAUGACGAGACCAUCGACGCGCUGAUCGCGCAGUGCGACUACAACAAGGAUGGGUCCUUGCAGAUCAGGGAGUUUGUAGACUUUGUGUUCCGCGGCAUCAAGCGCGAGCGACAAGCCAAAGACGACAAGAUCAACCUGGUGAGGCUCAUGGCGAUGCACUCGGCCUACUACGACGACCUGAAAGACCGAGUCCACAACUACUUGCAGGACCAUGGCAUCAAUCCCAUUGACUUCAACUGGGAAGAUGAGUGGCCGGACGCCCUCCCCUUCUGCCAGGAGAAUCAUGUGGAUAUCUUGAGCCUCGAAGUGGGUGUGCUCCGUAUGGCCUGUGACAAGCCGGAGCUGUGGUAUCAGCGAGACAAAUGGGUGGAGGACCAGGACAUCCCCGAGGAUCGGCUCUUCGAAGUGAUGCCUUGGGUGAAGGAAAUCAUCGACAAGAGCAAGAACCCUGCAAUCGCGUUGCAGAUCAUUUGGAAGCCAGCUGGCUCGCCAGAAGCCGGCGUUUCCCGCAUGCACGAGUCCUUACGCCAGACGCAUCAGGGAAUCAAGGAGAAACUGAAGAACACGGAGGAGCGUUUCGCGGCUGCAGAGCGGUUCAAGGAGCGGUAUUCCUCUAUGCAGGCUUUGAUCGAGGCGUCCGAGGCGGCGCAAAAGGAUGCGAAAGCAAAAGACAUCGCGGCCUUCAAGCCGCUCUUCGAGCAAAUCGCCCAAAGCGGCAAGUGGGAAGAGGCCAAGGCGCAGAAGGUGCUGGACCACAUGGUCCGCGGUAACCUCUACACUGAGACUUGGUACAUCGAGGAGUUUACGGAGGGCUCGGUGCAAAAGAGCCUGGAGAAAAUCGGCGUGGAAAUGUUCGAGGAGGAGGAGAUGCGAGUCCUCACGGAUUUCGCCUUUGAGCACAACGAGCUGGCAAAAACUGUUCGGAUGCUGGCGAAGAAGACGGGCUGGGACCUGAAAGACCAGCAGCAGGUGGUGCACAAGCUCCGGCGCGUGGGCUGCGUGCACCCGCGGCCCCUGCAGGUGGCCAUCAAGAACGGGACGCUGAACAAGAGUCUCUCAAAGGCGAAGUUCCUGCCCUUCGGCGACGCAUCCAUGGAGAUCCUCGAAGGUUGGGCUGUGCUCUACGCUGCAAGCACAAGGUACUGAGGUCCUGAGGUCCACGAUUGGUCCACACGCUUCCGCUCGUGCCAAGCUUGCGCACCUAGAUGUAAUUAAUUGGGGUUGAACAAGCUUGUUGUAUGCGUGCUUGUAUUUCAGGAGCAUUUCCUACACCAAGCC